CUUUGUGAUGUCAUCUGCUUCUAGAAUCUUGGUAUUGUUAUGCAGUCAUCAGUAGGAAUGGUCUUCUGGUGUCCUGGGAGCAGUGGUCUGUUUCUAGCUUAUUGUGGUUCCCAUGAACCCAGGAGGAGUUUCUUAUAAUUUGAUGACAGUGUAGGUGGUUGGUAGUACUUCGUGAAGUCAGUCCCAGCAAGUUACAGAUGAUGCAACUUGCAAAACAUUCCUGAAACAUGAAAUAAGAAGAAUAACAUUUAAAUGAAACAUAACCAUUGUACCUCUUUAACAAUCAAAGUGGUUUCAUUGCACUAUCUUUUGUCUAUGUUUGUAUCUUGUGGAAAAUAUUUGGUAAACCAAAGCAAGUAAGAAGAAAUAGGUGUUUUCCAUAGUCAUUACUCUUUGCAAUGGGAGUGCUGAAAUUCAAGCAUAUCUUUUUUGGAAGUGCUGUUGAGUUUAAUAGAGCAUUCCAAAUACUGUAUAUCUUCCUUCUGAUUCCAUGUUGCUUGACCGCGAAUUUCAGAGCACCUCCUGUUAUCCCAAAUGUGCCCUUUUUGUGGGCCUGGAAUGCCCCAACUGAACUUUGUCUUGGAAAGUCUGGUGAACCACUAGAUACGAGCCUGUUCUCUUUAUUUGGAAGUCCUUCAAAAGACAAGACAGGACAAGGCAUUACAAUAUUCUAUGUUGAUAGACUUGGCUACUACCCUCAUAUAGAUUCGAAAAACGUAAGUGUGCAUGGAGGAAUUCCCCAACUGGGGCCCUUACAACAGCAUUUGGACAAAGCUAAGAAAGACAUUUUAUAUUAUAUGCCAACAGACAAUGUAGGUUUGGCUGUCAUUGACUGGGAAGAGUGGCGGCCCACCUGGCUAAGAAACUGGAAGCCUAAGGAUAUUUACAGGAUUAAGUCUAUUGAGUUGGUUCAACAACAAAAUCCACAAAUUAAUCUUACAGAAGCUACCAAGCUAGCCAAAAUAGAAUUUGAAAAAGCAGGAAAAUGUUUCAUGGAAGAGACUUUAAAGUUGGGAAGAUUAUUUCGGCCAAAUCACUUCUGGGGUUAUUAUCUUUUUCCUGAUUGUUACAACCAUAACUAUGAUAAACCCAACUAUAAAGGGAUCUGUUUUGAUAUAGAAAAGAAGAGAAAUGAUGAUCUCGACUGGUUGUGGAAGGAAAGCACUGCCCUUUUCCCAUCCGUUUAUUUGAAGAGCAGCUUACAGUCUUCUCCAAAAGCUGCAUUGUUUGUCCGUAAUCGUGUACAGGAAGCUAUUAGGGUUUCUGAAGUACCUAAUGCUAAAAGCCCACUUCCAAUUUUUGUGUAUACUCGACUAGUUUUUACUGAUAAAAUAUUUCAGUUCCUUUCUCAGGAUGACCUUGUGAAUACAAUUGGUGAAAUUGUUGCUCUGGGGGCCUCUGGAAUUGUAGUAUGGGGAAGCCAUACUUUAGCACGAAGUAUGAAAUCUUGCCUGAACCUAGAUGAUUAUAUGAAGAAUAUACUGAAUCCUUAUUUAAUCAAUGUCACCCUAGCAGCCAAAAUGUGUAACCAAGUGCUUUGCCAGGAACAAGGAGUGUGUACAAGGAAAAACUGGGAUUCAAAUGACUAUCUUCACCUGAACCCAGGGAAUUUUGCUAUUCAAAUUGGGAACAAUGGAACGUACAAAGUAGAUGGAAAACCCACACUUACAGACCUGGAGCAGUUUUCCAAAAAUUUUCAGUGCAGCUGUUAUACCAACUUGAAUUGUAAAGAGAGAACUGACAUGAACAAUGUUCAAACAGUUAACGUAUGUGCUGUUGAAAAUGUUUGUAUAGACACCAAUGUAGGCCCACAAGCCGUUACUUAUGCUCCCAAAGAGAAAAAGGAUGUUGCUCACAUUCUAAGCAAUACUACAUCUAUCAACUCGUCUACCACCAUGUCUCUACCUUUUCCUAGGAAACAUGUCAGUGGGUGCCUCCUAGUUCUAUGUAUGUAUUCACAGUAUUUGAAAUAUUUGCUAUAGGCUUGUGGCAAUUAGGAAAUACAACAUUGGAUAUUAUCUUAAAAAAUGAGUCCUAUGCUGUUUUAUAAUCAAGAUUCUACUUUGAGUUUCAAAAGCAACAUAUAGCAUAAGUUUUGUCAAAGAUGGACUAGAAGACCUACCAGCACAUAGGGGACUAGUUUUCUUCUGAGAAAAGUGAAGAUUUGAAUAAAUCCAUGUUUUUGAAAAUGAGUAUCUUUAUUUUUAAUUUGUUAUAAAAAUGCCAAGA